AUGUUAUUCACAAGAAAUCACAAAAUCCACAAUCCAUUCAAAAAAUCUUCAAAAUCCUCCUCACAAAAAUCAUACCACUAUAACAGCUCCGCAAGUGAUUACGACUUUGAUGAUGAAGAUUACGAGAUAGCCAGCCCAUCAAUAGCAUCAUCAAGACGCAGUUCAUUUUCAGUUGAAGAGGAGAUAAAUUCACAUCACAAUAACAAUAGUAUACCAAUAGUGUACCAGAAUUCGUUCUCAUACAAUUCUAAUUCGGGAUUUUACGGAGCUCCAACUUUGCAAAAUAAAAAGCGAACACGACGACGAAGUAGUCAUGGACAUACAAGUGAGCAUGUGCACGCGCAUCAUCAUCAUCGCAAUUGUCAUUGCCAGCAACAUAACACACCUGCAAAGAAUGAGAAGAAAAGAAAAUAUAAUAGUUAUCAGUCGUCGUCCUCAUAUAGUCCUUCCCGAAGUGUUACUGGAUUUGUGCUGUGGGCGAGAUUGACUUGGGUUAAAGUUGAUCGUGGAAUAAAUAUUCGGGUGGCUGAAUUUACUCUUAAUUCAACAACGUGGACUGAAUUGCAACAAAAAGAAACAAAGAAUAAGCCUCGAGACAAAUUUAGCGAAGUGGAGGAAGAGGCGGCUUAG